UACGUACGUGCAAUUACUCGAACGAGAUGAAGUUUUUGUGCAGCUUGUUUACCGUCUUUCUUCCAAUAUUAUUUCUCUCUUGCAAUAUUACUCGAGCCGUAGUGAAUCUACACAAAAACGCUACUUUUCCAGCGUUAUUCAUUUUCGGAGAUUCCAUAUUCGAUACCGGCAAUAACAAUUACAUUAAGACAAUCGCUAAAGCCAAUUUCCCACCUUACGGCAAGGAUUUCAUCGGAGGAAUCCCCACCGGAAGAUUUUCCGAUGGAAAAAUUCCGUCCGAUCUUUCCGCUGAAGAGCUGGGAAUAAAGACUAUUUUGCCGCCUUUUCUCGAUCCAUCUCUCCAAGAUCAAGAUCUAUUAACCGGGGUUAGCUUUGCGUCUGCAAGUACCGGAUACGACCCUUUAACUGCUCGUCUCUCGUCCGUCUUGUCCUUUUCGGACCAGUUAGAAUUGUUCAAAGAGUACAUAUCGAAGCUGAAUAAAAUCGCCGGAGACGAAAAAUCAUCGGCCAUUUUGCGGGAAAGUCUAUUUCUGGUGGAUGGUGGCAACAACGACUUUCUAAUUACGUAUUUCGGUACACUUUUAAGAAAAUUUCAAUACGAUGUUCCUUCGUACAUCGACCUACUAGUAAGCCACGCUUCCACCUUCGUGCAGGAGUUGUACGGUUUGGGGGCGCGUAAAAUUGGUGUGUUUGGGUUGCCACCAAUAGGAUGUGUUCCGGUAUCAAGAACAUUGAGAGGAGGACUCAAAAGAAAAUGUGCGAAAGAAUAUAACGAAGCCGCGCAAUUAUUCAAUAAUAAGUUGUCAGCCGAAAUAGCCUCACUCAAGAGUGCACAACUAUCCGAAGCAAUAAUAGUCUAUGCAGAUAUCUACAAUCCUACUCUCGAUAUCAUUCGCAACCCACAAAAAUAUGGUACCUAUUUUAUGUUUCUUACGAGUACAGGAUUUGAGAUAGUAGACAAGGGAUGUUGCGGGACAGGGACAGUGGAAUUAUCGUUUCUUUGCAAAUACGCAUGUUCCGACGUAUCGGAUUAUGUAUUUUGGGACAGUGUUCAUCCGACGGAAAAAACAUACAGGAUUAUCGUACAUAGGAUUUUCGAGGAGUACAUUAGUUACUUCAUCUGAGUAUAAAUUAUUAUUUGUCAUUUAAGACAUAAUAUAUUAAGAGUGUGGUACUGAUGGAAUGAAUAAAGUGAUAGUGAUAGCGAUAGUGAUUAUAAGUACAAU